GGUGUCUUUUCAGAAAGCAUACACACAGGAACGGAAGGUCCUGCUAAACCACACAGCUCAUCGGUGCAGCAAACAGCCAAGGACAAUUACAGUUUGGCUUUAAUAAAUAAUUCACCUGUGGAUGGAGAGCAGAGCAGUUUAGUGGCUCCUGCAGAAGGGAUGGAUGAGACUGGAACGUAUUUACAGACAAAGGAUGCAGAGCAGACGGGCUAUGACUGCUUGGUGUGGAGCAAUGUGAGAACUGCUCUGUCUUCUCAGUGACAUAGGAGGUGGAGGCACCCUAGCUGUCACAGAAGGAUAUGGAGAAUACAUUUUCUAGACUGGUUCCAAUCCCAUGGAGGGACUGGCCAUUGCUUACACUUCUCUGUCUGUACCUGUGGAUACAAAGGCCGUGCUCUGCUGCCCUCCUAUCCUGUUGACAGCGGUGGUGGUAGCAACGUGGGAAAUCACCUUCAGAGACAACUCCUCCUGCACCAGAGCCUACAGGAGAGAUAACAACGAGACCAAGGACAGUAACUGUACGGACAUGAGAAUAACCUGGGUCUCCAGACCUGACCAGAAUCCUGCCCUUCAGAUUGAUCCAGUGGCCACCACGCAUGACGGGAACUACACGUGUGAAAUGGUCACACCCAAUGGGAAUUUCCGGCAUGGAUACUACCUCCAAGUGUUAGUGCCCCCUGAGGUGACCCUGUUUCAGAGUGGGAAUGGAACCACAGUGUGCAAGGCGGCUGCAGGGAAGCCGGCUGCACAGAUCUCCUGGACCCCAGAGGGGACUUGUGUCACUGAGCAGGAACACUGGGACGAUGGCACAGUGACGGUCCAGAGCACCUGCUCCUGGGAGGGCCACCGUGUGCCUAAUGUGUCCUGCUCCGUCUCUCAUGUGACUGGAAACAAGAGUCUGUCCUUAGCACUGGGCCCAGGUACCCAAACACCAGACUUAAAAAUUCUGUAUAUCAUCCUUUCUAUUUUUAUUAUCUCGGCCACUGUGGGAUCCAUUUGGCUUUUGAAUAUCGGUGGAUGCAGAAAAUGUAAAUUGAAAAAAACAGAAGCUACUCCAGUUGUUGAGGAGGAUGAAAUGCAGCCCUAUGCCAGCUACACAGAGAAGAAAAAUCCACUUUAUGAUACUGUGAACAAGGUGAAGACAUCUCAGGUGUUACAAAGUGAAGUUGAUGAGCUGGGUCUCAAUAUUUCAUUUAUUGGAAUCUAGCACCAGGACAAAUGAAUCAAGAUACAGUACAGUUACUGUUUUGAUUUUCUCAGAGUUCUAGAAUGGAAGAGCUAUUCUGAAGUUAACUUUUCAAAGAUUCUUAUAAGACAGAGACACUGUAAAAGACUUGCAUUCAUAUCCUUAUACAAUCGAAAUUUUAGAAUUUUAGCUGCUACUAGCUAGUUCUGUAAAGAACUUAUGUUGUUACAUAGAAAGCACAUGCUCAUGAUAAAAUAUACAAAUUGUUCAGUACAAUAGAUAAUGAAAACUGAGUUUUUUCAAGAAAUAACUGCAGAAGAAAUAAUUAUCAACAGUCUAUAUAUUUUUCUAGAAAAUGUCUAUGUGCAUAUGACAUCUCUCACACUCAUGAUAUAUUGUACAUUUAUAUGUCUAAUUACAUAUACAUCCACAUAUCCCUGUUAAGACACAAAUGGGAGCAUACCAUAAUGCUGUACUGUACUUACAGAAAGUUAAUAAUAUAACAGGUCUUGGACAUCUUUUAUAUCAAUACAAGCAGAGCUACCUCAAUUUUUAUAGUGGUUACAUAAAAUUCCAUUGUCUGGUUAUGUCAUAAUUUAAUUAGCCAUAACCCUAGUGAUAGACAUUUGAAUUGCUUUAAGUUUUGUUUGUUUGUUUUGCUGUUAUAAACAAUACUGCAUAGCAUGUUUCUUGUGGGUGUGUUUCUUUAUAUUUGUUUGAGUGUAUUUGCAGGGUAGUUUCCUUGAGUGGAAUUGCCAGGUCAAAAGGGUUUGUGCAUUUUCAUUAUUCAUUGAUAUGUCAAAUUAUAUCAAUUUAUGUUCCCCCAACCAUGUUAGAAUAUGUCUUUCUCUAUACUGUUAUUUUAAUAUUUGCAAGAUUCCCACUUCCUGUUUUUAAUCAACCAGUUAAGUAAUGUAAGAGUAUAAUAAGAAUUACACUAUUUAAUAAAACUGGAUUUAUGUUUUUCUGUCCUGUUUAUGAGAAAAAAGGAAAAUGAGAAUGAGAGAGAGAAGUGGAGGUAGGAUACAUAUGAGAACAUUAGCUUUGGCUAAACUCAUUACAUCUCUAUGCAGGUAUUUAUACUAAAUGCCUAACAGUUUGACAGAUGAAAUAAAUUGGAUAUGUAUAUUUUUGUGGUGUACAUUUUACUGUGGUGUAUUUAUCAAAUAACAAAUGUUCAUUGACUAUGUAAGCAGCUAUAUGCAUUAUAAAGGACUUGAGAAUCUAUAAAAUAAGGUCCUUGUGCUGAGAGGAUGGCCAUGUGAUAUCAUGACCCUUCCUUCUGUUUUUCUGUGGAAUAAAAACUGGGGAUAUGUAUCUUGAUCAUUUUUUAAUAUUAUGAAAAGAAUGUCAUUUAUAAAAAUUUAUGAGAAAAAUAAGCAUGUUUCUCCAUAGCAAGAAAAACAUUAAAAUUUUUCA